GCACAACCUCCCCUCUAAACGAGGGCAAGAAACCAGCGAAGCAAGGCGACCACCCCUCCUUUAAGAUCCGAUCUCCGCUCCCCUCCUCCGCCUCACGUUCGCCCCCCUCCCCCACCUCCGAAUCCGCCAUGUCGCCGCCGCCGCCGUCUAUGCCCGAGCCGGCGGCCGCAAUGCCGGCCUCCUCCAAGGCCGGCGAGGUGCGCGCGAUCUCCUCCGACGAGCUGCGGAAGCACGCGAAGGCGGGGGACCUCUGGAUCUCCAUCUCCGGGGACGUGUACGACGUCACGGCGUGGGUGGCGCACCACCCGGGGGGGGACAUCCCGCUCCUCACGCUGGCGGGGCAGGACGCCACGGACGCGUUCGCCGCGUACCACCCGCCGUCGGUGCGCCCGCUCCUGCGGAGGUUCCUCGUGGGGCGGCUCGAGGACUACGCCGUGUCGCCGGCUUCCGCCGACUUCCGCCGCCUCCUCGCGCAGCUCUCCUCGGCGGGGCUGUUCGAGCGCGUGGGGCCGACGCCCAAGGUGCAGGUGGCCGGGAUGGCGGUCCUCCUCUGCGUCGCGUUCUACUGCGUCCUCGCCUGCGCCAGCGCGUGGGCGCACCUCCUCGCGGGGGGGCUCAUCGGGUUCAUCUGGAUCCAGUCCGGGUGGAUGGGGCACGACUCCGGCCACCACCGCAUCACCGGCCACGCCACGCUCGACCGCCUCCUGCAGGUGCUCUCCGGCAACUGCCUCACCGGCCUCAGCAUCGCCUGGUGGAAGUGCAACCACAACACCCACCACAUUUCCUGCAACAGCCUCGACCACGACCCGGACCUCCAGCACAUGCCGCUCUUCGCCGUCUCCUCCAAGCUGUUCGGCCUCUGGUCCUACUUCUACGAGCGCACCUUGGUGUUCGACGCCGUCUCCAAGUUCUUGAUCAGCUACCAGCACUGGACGUUCUACCCGGUCAUGGGCUUCGCCAGGAUUAACCUUCUUGUGCAGUCGGCUGUCUUCUUGUUCUCCAAGAGGAAGGUGCCGCAGAGGCCGCUGGAGAUCGCCGGCGUCGCCGCAUUCUGGCUUUGGUACCCAAUGUUGGUGUCCUGCCUGCCCAAUUGGUGGGAGAGGGUGGCGUUCGUGGCUGCGAGCUUUGUGAUUACUGGAAUUCAGCAUGUUCAGUUCUGCCUGAACCACUUCUCUUCAGAGGUGUAUGUCGGGCCGCCCAAGGGGAAUGACUGGUUCGAGAAGCAGACGGCAGGCACGCUCGACAUUCUGUGCUCCCCGUGGAUGGAUUGGUUCCAUGGUGGUCUGCAGUUCCAAAUCGAGCACCAUUUGUUCCCUCGCCUCCCGCGCUGCCACCUUAGGAAGGUUGCGCCGUUUGUGCGCGACCUUUGCAAGAAGCAUGGGCUGCCUUAUGCCGCUGCCUCGUUCUGGGAGGCGAAUGUGUUGACAUGGAAGACAUUGAGGGCUGCUGCAUUGCAGGCCAGGAAAGCCACUAGUGGUGCUGCACCAAAGAAUUUGGUUUGGGAAGCCGUGAACACUCAUGGAUGAAGAGGGGAUCAAUUGGGGUCUGAAGCAACUGCUUGUGUUAAGCCUUGUGUCCAUGCAACCACCUCAUUGCUUCUUAAUUGCGUAGGGAGAUUGAUCUUUUUAUCCUUACCCAUUGGAGUUGGAUCGGAUUUUUCGUGUUGGCAAGUGACCGUCUUUGCAGCUGAAGAGUGGGUUCAUCCUUCAAUUGUCUACCUGUUCUUCAUGUAUUAGAUUGUCCGAUUCUUCAUAUUAUUACGGUAACUAUAUCAAUAGUACUUGCAUUAUAUUAUGAACUUGUGGCUUAAGUUUAUAUCCAUUUCAUCUUGCUUGC